AUGGGAGGCAAGAAGGCAUGGCAGCCACAGGAUUGGUCGGACUGGUCGUCUUCCUCUUAUGCGCCUCGCCAGGGAGCUCCGUGGAAAUUGUGGCCCGGAGCCCAACCGACAGCCUCUCCACGCAGCAAGAAGCACUACGAUCAGAUGCCACUUCCUUCAGAUGCCAGUGCCCGCAAGGGCAAGGGGAAGUCUGGUCAACCAGUGCUCCAAGAAGAAGGCGAGGAUAUGAUGACGGACAUUCAGCGGGCCGUCACGCGUGCGAGAAAAGCGGACAUCAGAGUGCGGAAGCUCAAGGAGGACCGGGACCGCAAGAAGCAGCAGUGGAAAUUGUGGGAGAAAAGCCACAAGGAGGAGUAUGUCAAGCAGAAGCAGCGAUACGAGGCUGCCCUGGCCCGUAUCGAGACGGAAGUACAGGAGGCCACUUCACAAGGCCAGACUGCGGCUCGGGAGGUACAGGAUAUCGCCAACGGCAAAAAACCUACCAGAGAGCUUGUGGACCAGGAAGCGGAGAAUGCAUGGGAUGCCUUUAUCGGCACCACCGAGGAAACAGCAGCGCCAGAGGCCUUUCUUCAAGAUGCCCUGUCGGCUGCAGCCACGGCAGGACACAAUCCCCAUGGUGGUAUCCCAGGUGGCCGGAUCAUGUCCCCGGAGGUUGCUGCACAACUGCUACAGGCUACUUUGGCAAAUCUACCCCCAGGGUUUUGUUUGACCAGUGUGCCUGGCGCGGCAAUGGGACAGGCGAAUGCUCAGGAGGCAGGCACUGGGAAGCCUCCUCUUGCAGAACCGACUGCAGCUCCGCCAGGUCUUUCAACACAGCAGGUGCCCUUUCCACCGUCGCCGUCGACCAGCCACCCGGAGAUGGGAGUUGGGUAUGCUGCGGCCAGCCCGGGCACAAGGGGCAAGACAACCCCACGACAACCGGUGAAGGGGGCUACACUCCACCCGGUCCACACUGGCCCGGGACCAGGGGACAAGCUGGCGAGCAAGCUGGAAGCCAAGAGACAGGCAAUGCAACCCUUCGGCAUCCCUUCCUCAGCGCCUGCAGGCCUAGCUGGUCGGACACCGGCUCCGACCCAAUCUGUUGGGUCCGACGAGGACAUGCCGAGCGAGGAAAAGCACGAUCACCAGACGGGUGUUACACCGGUUGGACUGGAUGGUAUGGGCUAG